CACACACACACACGCGCGCGCACACACAGCGGACACGCGUACACACGCGCGCAUUUAUGAAUACAUACAUGGACACGUUCAUAUAUAUAAGAAUAUAAUAUCUAAAACAAAAGUGAAAUGAUUCUUUGAAAGUUAAAAAAUGUCCAAAUUCUAAGUUUCAUGGUUAUGUCGAAUUAACAUACGUGAAAUCCGAAAGAAAAAGGAUUGACUACAUCGAUAUCGGUCAUACGAUAUGAGCCAGUGGAGGAAACGGCGCAUUGACGUGUUCAAUGAAAUGGAAAUACAAGGAGGAUGGACAAGGUCGCGAUCAACGAAAAGGAGAACGUUGGGAAACGUGCCAAAGUCGUUAGGCAUUGCGGAUUUUCGUCAUCCUCGUCUUCAUCUUCGUCAUCUUACAACAACAACAACAAACCUGCAAACAUCGAAUCCAUUCCCGUUGAACUCAUUCUACAAAUUCUAUCAUACCUAUCCCAGAAAGACCUUUCCAAUAUGGGUCGCGUGUCUAAGUACUUCGAAGGUAUCAUGCAAGAUCCCGUGGUUUGGCGUACGUACGAGGUGACGAAAUGUAACGAGAACAUGUCCAAAAUAAUUGGGAAGCUAAAAAACAUGCCGUUCCUAAAGGAAUUAACGAUCAAUCACAGAAAGGACAGUGACAAGAUUUUAAGACAGAUUUCGCUGACGAAUAAAAAUCUUGAGAAGCUUUAUAUCUACAAUUGUACAGGGUCGACUUCAAAGUUUUAUCUCCGUUCGCAUUAUCUGACAUGCAUAUUAGAGAAAUGUCGACGACUGAACACCAUCGAGAUUCUUGGUAGUCCUUUCCGCGGGCGAAAAUUUUACAAAUUACUCGGUGACGUUGGCUUAAGGCUAAAAUGCGCGUCUCUACCAACAAGGCAUUCGCAAUUUAUUACUUUCAUCCAAAAUGCUCAACAGAUUUACGACAAUCGUUUGAAUACUUACAUUAUGUGCUUUCUUCCGUGGCGUAAACAUGCUCAAUUACACUACUCGAUUAACCGAAAAGCGACUUUUCGAACAGUAAGGAUAAAAUACUCUUCCAAAUAUGCAAUUUCGAUUGAUAUUACAGAGGAUGGGAAAAGGAAUGUACAUCUUAUAUCUAUGAUCAAUAAGGCUACUGGUCGAGAAAUGUAUAGUUAAAUAUUAAAAAGAAAAAAAAGAAGGAAAAGUAAAAUAGAAAAAGAAAUGAAAGGUAAGAAAAAUAAAAAUUUAAAGGACCUCGGAUGAUAAUAAAUUUCAAUUGACAAGGAUUUUAGAAACAUAAGAAAAAGAAAAAAAAAGAAAGAAGAACAUAGUAAAGAUUGAUCGACUAAAAUUAAACAUAAACGAAAAUCAAAAGCUUUCAUAAUAAUGAAUUUUAAUUAACUCGAGUAUGCAAAACAUAAAGAAAAGAAAAAUAGAAAACAUAGUAAAGAUCUAUAAGCUAAAAUCCCCAAAAUAAACACAAACCAAAAUACUUACGAAUUUCUAUUGAUAUUCGAAUAUCAAAAAUAUUAGAAGAAAAAAAAAAGAAGGCAAUAAAGAUCGAUAGAUUAAAAGUGAAUAUAAAGGAAAAAUCAAAUGCCCAAUUAAAUACUCUCAUAGUCAUAAAUUUCAAUUGAUUUGAUUAUUAAGAAAAAAAAAGAAAAAAGAAAAAAAAAGUAAAUAAGUAGGGGUCAAUAAGUUAUUAUCGAACAGAAACGAUUUCCAUUUACGCCAGUCUACCGUCAAAUAUCAAUUUAUUUGAAUAUAUAUAUAUAUAUAUAUAUACAUGUUAAACGAACUUUUAAGAAGAGAAUGUUCGCAAGUAAAAUUGAAUAUAUAUAUAUCGUUACUGAUGAAUAUACGGUAUGUGAGAAAAAGAGAGGAGAUUGUUGGACGUUAAUGAGAACACAGCAAGGAGGGUGGUGAUUCUAUGGACAAUUAAACUCGUGCUAUACAUUUAAUGCACGCGAUCAUUUCAACCGGGUCGGCUUUUACUAAACGAGGGAGAGUUUUGCCUUAGAGCGCAUCGAUCGAUUUUGCUUUUCACAUAAACGACCACGAGGUGAUAUAGGGAAACACUUGUGGUUUUAGUUCACCGACCGAAUCUUUCUUACCUUUACGCUCGCUAUCCUAUCAUACGUACAUUUCUAUAUAAAAAUUACUACAGUUUAAUAGGGAAUUAUUAGAAAAAAAAUAUAUAUGCGUUAAAAGUAAAUACUUUUGAGCUUUAAA